AUGUCAGGUCUGCGGAUCGGUGUGGGCAGCAGCAAGAGCGUUGAAGCGGAAGGAAAAGAUGUUGACGAAUGCGUUGAGGGGACUGACAACUGCCACAUUGACGCCCUCUGCCAGAACACCCCCAAAUCCUACAAGUGCAUCUGCAAGUCCGGAUACUCCGGGGACGGGAAGCAUUGCAAAGACGUCGAUGAGUGCGAGCGGGACGACAACGCUGGCUGCGUCCACGACUGUGUCAACAUCCCAGGGAAUUAUCGCUGCACCUGCUACGACGGCUUCCGCCUGGCGCACGAUGGCCACAACUGCCUGGAUCUGGAUGAGUGCUCGGAGGGGAACGGCGGCUGCCAACAGACCUGCGUCAACAUGAUGGGGAGCUACGAAUGCCACUGCCGGGACGGCUUCUUCCUGAGUGACAACCAGCACACUUGUAUCCAGCGCCCGGAAGAAGGAAUGAACUGCAUGAACAAGAACCACGGCUGUGCCCACAUCUGCCGGGAGACCCCCAAGGGGGGCAUUGCCUGCGAGUGCCGGCCGGGCUUUGAGCUCACCAAGAACCAGCGGGACUGCAAAUUGACCUGCAACUAUGGAAAUGGAGGAUGCCAACACACGUGUGACGAUACAGACCAAGGGCCCAAGUGUGGCUGCCAUGUGAAGUUUGUGCUGCACGCUGAUGGGAAAACGUGCAUAGGGGAGAGGCACCUCCAGCAACACGUUACCCCCCAGACGUUUUCUAAUGAGACCUGCGCCGUGAACAAUGGGGGCUGUGACAGCAAGUGCCAUGAUGCAGCCACGGGUGUGCACUGCAGCUGCCCAAUGGGCUUCAUGCUGCAGCCAGACAGGAAAACUUGCAAAGAUAUCGACGAGUGCCGGCUGAACAAUGGCGGCUGCGACCACAUCUGCAGGAACACGGUGGGCAGCUUCGAGUGCAGCUGUAAGAAAGGCUACAAGCUGCUGAUCAACGAAAGGACCUGCCAAGAUAUUGACGAAUGCUCCUUCGACAGGACCUGUGACCACGUCUGUGUCAACACCCCAGGGAGCUUCCAGUGCCUGUGUCACAAGGGCUACACGCUGUACGGGCUCACCCACUGUGGAGACAUCGAUGAAUGCAGCAUCAACCGAGGAGGCUGCAAAUUCGGCUGCGUAAACGCCCCUGGCAGCUACGAGUGUACCUGUCCGGCCAGCUGCAAACUGCACUGGAACAAAAAGGACUGCAUAGAGCUGGUGAAAUGCCUGACGGGCCCCAUCUCUCACCGGGCCAUGCUCACCUGCAACAAGAACGGCAAGAAGGACAGUUGCUCCCUCACCUGCAUCUCCAAGGCCCGCUUCCUGCCAGAGUCCGACAGCAGCUACACGGUGAGCUGUGGGACGCCCAUCCUGCGCCAGGGGGCCCAGCAGAGGCCUGGCAACAGCAGCCAUCACUGCGUGGAGACUGUCGCUGCUCCAAUCAAACAAAAGGCUUCCUUCAAGAUCAAGGACGCCAAGUGCCACCUGCACCCGCGCGUGAAGGGGAAGCAGGACGAGUCGGGGAAGCACGGGGCGCCAGGCGGGGCGGCCCCCUGCUCGGAUUGCCAGGUGACCUUCGUGAACCUCAAGUGUGACUCAUCAAAGAAGGGCAAAGGCCGCCGGGCCCGCAACUCCCCCAACAAGGAGGUGACACGCAUCACCCUGGAGUUUGAGGCAGAAAUCAAACCGGAAGAGGUCACAGCCAGCUGCAAUAUUAACUGCCUGCGGCAGAGGGUGGAGAAGAAGCUGAAGUCUGCAAUCAAGGCCCUGAAGAAGUCCAUAAACCAGGAGCGAUUCCUGAUCCGCUUCGCGGGCAUGGAUUACGAGGUGGCGCGGAAGCUGAGCAUGUCCCCGGAAAGGCAGGAGAGCUGUGGGCCGGGGCAGCAAAGGCUAGGAUCCAAGUGUGUUAGCUGCCUGCAGGGAAUGUAUUACCACGGUCAGAUGGAGCAGUGUGUCCCUUGCCCCCCAGGGACCUACCAGGAGAAAGAAGGCCAGCUCUCUUGUGACCUUUGCCCUGGAAGCGAUGCGUAUGGCCCGGCUGGAGCAACAAACAUAACCACCUGUGCAGGUCAGUGUCCCCCUGGCCAUCACUCAGUGGACGGCUUCAUACCCUGCCAGCCGUGUCCCCGGGGCGCCUACCAGCCUGAAGCUGGGCGAGCUCUGUGCUUCCCUUGCGGUGGGGGGCUGACCACCAAACACGAGGGAGCCUUCUCCUUCCAGGACUGCGAUACCAAAGUUCAGUGCUCCCCGGGUCAUUACUACAAUACCAGCGUCCACCGCUGCAUCCGCUGUGCCGUGGGCACCUACCAACCAGACUUCCGCCAGAAUUACUGCAUCACCUGUCCCGGCAACACCACCACGGAUUUCGACGGCUCCACGUCCGUGUCCCAGUGUAAAAACCGCCAGUGCGGAGGGGAGCUGGGUGAAUAUACUGGCUACAUCGAGUCUCCCAACUACCCCGGCAACUACCCCGCCAACAUUGAGUGCACCUGGAACAUCAACCCCCCCCCAAAACGCAAGAUCCUCAUCGUGGUCCCGGAGAUCUUCCUACCAUCCGAGGACGAGUGCGGGGAUGUCUUGGUCAUGCGGAAAAACUCCUCCCCCUCCUCCAUCACAACCUAUGAGACGUGCCAGACGUACGAGAGGCCCAUAGCCUUCACCGCCAGGUCCCGCAAGCUGUGGAUCAACUUCAAAACCAGCGAGGCCAACAGCGCCAGGGGCUUCCAGAUCCCCUACGUCACCUACGACGAGGAUUAUGAACAGCUAGUGGAGGAUAUUGUCCGGGAUGGCAGGCUGUACGCCUCUGAAAACCAUCAGGAAAUAUUAAAGGACAAGAAGCUGAUGAAGGCUUUCUUCGACGUGCUGGCUCAUCCACAGAACUACUUCAAGUACACAGAGAAACACAAGGAGAUGUUACCGCGCUCUUUCAUCAAACUCCUCCGCUCCAAAGUCUCCAGCUUCCUCAGGCCUUACAAAUAGCCCCCAGGCAUUUCCACCCGCCCCAUGGGCUGCCCUCCGGCCAAGGAAACUUUCUUUUGCUCUUAUUUGAUGGUUUUUGGGUUUUUUUCCUAAACAGCUUUUUAAACAAACAGAAUCCCCAACUCUCACUAUGCAGACGACUCUAAACAAUUUCUCCUUGGCUUUCUUCAAACUCAUCUCAGCGCUGACUUUGUCUCCAGCAGGGGCGGUCUGUAAUCUCAAGGCAUCCCAUGCUCUGUUUUACUACGGAGGUGCAGCCCAUAACGAUUACCAGUCCCAGAUGGGGAUGCUCCUUCUCAGCCCAAGUGGCCUCUACAUGCCAAGGCAGCUGCGACCUGUUCUGUUUUAUGCAACUUAAGUGUAGCCACUCUGGUUGCCUUUUUGGCCCUUUGGAUAGCCCUUGAUUACUACACAUCUGCGUACAAAUCUGUCUCUGUUCCUAGGCGCCAUAAACACACCUACAGAGCCUGCACUCCUGGGAUAUAGUUUGGUAUUUUUGUUCCUGCUGUGGGGCUUUCUCCAGCUGCCAAAGCAAAGGAAAGUUGCUGCAGCCAGAAGGGGCUGUUUCUCAAAGAACUGAGCGCAAAGGAAGCCCUGAAUGUGGAAGGUAAUGCCUUAUUUAUCGCAGUGUUGUGGUUUAAAAAUAUAUAUAUAUCAACACAGCUUUGCAGGGGGGAUCGGGAAAAAAAUAUACUUUUUUGUUAAAAAAGAAUACUUAAAAAAAAAAAAAAAAAAAGACAACGCUGAAAAGCAUCACAGCAAAUGGCAGUUCCAGUGGGCGGAAGGGAGAUCUGCAUCUCUCCAGGGAGCUGGGUUGGUCUCUCUGCACUUGAAGAAAGCAUGGCCAAGCCGCGUUCUUGUAGAACAAUGGAUGAAUGGGAGAAAAAAGGUAAUGAACGAGAAGCCUUUCAGUUGGAUUCAUUUUUUUCCCCCAUGGACACUUGUGCCAAGAGACCAGACUCUCUUACCAGCUCUGCCAAAGAGUAACUCGUCGACAGAAAAGCAAGCGAUGUGAAGAGCAGGAGUAAAUGUUUGUGCACUAGGAUAUCGUCCUUUCUACCUUUUUCAUAUGUAUUAAGUGCAAUCAUUUGAGUCUUCUUUAUAUUAUUUAGAGGGAAGUUUUUUCUACUAGAAACUACAAUAUUUAUACCUGCCUAAGAAAUGAGAAUGUGUGUUUGUAACAAACAAAAACAAACCAAGGCUUCAAUUAACAGUGACCCAAACGUGAUGACGUUUUCAGACUUUGGAAUCUUUUCUUCUGAUAUUGGUCCCUAAUAAGGCAAAUCCACUUGAUGUUCCUUUUAUCAUUGACGCUUUUAUUCCGUCCUCCCCCUUAAAUCAGUUGAAUCUUUCCCUGAUGACUGGAAAGCACAAGAUCUUUUCUCAUCCACAAGUGUCUCCAGUGUGGUCAGUUUGUGCUAGGUCUCUGCUAUUGGAUGCAGAGUUACCAGUUUACACUCAGUUGCCGGUUACACUCCUUUGCUCUGCAGCAUGAAUUCUAGAACCCGGAAUGCUAAAGACUCUCAAACUUCUGUCAUUCGGGCUAACAAAUCCUCUCCGUUAGCUGCAGUAAUAUGGAGGCUUAUCUUGUCGUCAGUAGGUCUCCAGGCAUGAACAGCCUGAUUCUCCUCUCGUUCACCGCAGUGUAAAUCAGGAGUAACUCCACUGAAGUUAAUGGAGUUACAUCAUCAUAAAAACAGCAUGAGGGGAAGAAUGAGGCUCCAGACAGGCUUCCCUUCACACUCAUCUCCUGUGUCUCAGUGAACUUCAGUUUGGUUUGUAAGCAGCCCCUGGGGCUGAUCUCACCAGCUUUAGCUAUUGCCUGCUUUAUACAAGUGCUUGUUUAUAUUUUCAUGAAGAAACCAGCUAAUCUGUUUCCAUUUCCCAAAGAGUUGGAAGAAGCAGGGCAGGAUAUUGAGCCUGAUCCUGGAGGCAAAAUUCCCAUUGACUUUUGUGGGAGUUCUGUAUGAAUUAGGAAUCGACGAAUGAGGUGCAGAGAAACUCAGUGCAUGUUCCCAUGACUGCCCAUUUUGCUGGGACAUUGUUGUAUUAAACCGCUUGGGGAACCUAAUGGCCAAAGCUCCAUCAGACCCUUAGUUAAUUCAACCUUGAAAAGUCACCAUGUCUUUGGGGGAGAUGCACAAGUGCUAUUGGCGUCCAAUGAAAUGUGCUUCUAAAUCCCUUAGGUGCUUUUGAAAAUCUGCUGCCUCCUGCAGGGGUUCUCAAACUUAGUCACAGUGCAGGCCACAUCUCACUAGGGAGGUUGUCUUGUGGCCAGCUCCCCUUCCAUAUACAAUCACAGAGCUUCCAGGGGCCAACUCCAGCAGUUGCCUCCAUGAAAAAUACUAAUAUUUAAGCCAGCGUUUUCAAAAGUGGCCACUGACCUUGGGAGCGUCCAUUUGGGAACCCAACGUGAGACACCUUAGGCCAGCUGAGCUCCUGCUGCUCCCUUUGAUCUCGAUUGGGCUUUAAUGGCUGCAAGUAUCACCUGUCUAUUGAUGUCUUGCCAAUCUCCAUCUCUGCCAUAGCCCCACAUCUCAUCUGAUGUCUCAUCAGCUAAAACUGAAUGUAGCCAAAACUUCUCUCCCAUUAGCACUUCUCCUUCUUUCAACCUUGAGAUGCUGUCUGGCUCCUCACUCUCCCUUGCCCCAGGCACCCAGGCCAUUUCCAAAUCCUGCCACUCCUUCCUUGUGAACCUAAGAGCUGUUCUUUACCGGCCAUCUCCGCAGCCAGAUCUCUGUCAGGCCCUUAUUAGACUCUUCCUCUGGUCUCCCGUGUCCAUGCGCACCACCGUGCAACAUGCAGAUUGCACCACUUUGCUGGAUCUCCAUCCGCAAUCACGUCACCUUUGUCCGCGGUGGUACCUAACUCUGCCUCUUCCUUCUUAUCCUCCCUUGUCUGGCUUCAUGUUGCCCCCCAACCUCCACUCCACCACUAUUCCCGCCCGGUUGUCAGCCUCUAGCACAGUCACCUUUGUGCCUUCUUCCGGGCAGCCCCCUAUGCCCGGUGCAAUCUCAGUGACCACAUCCUGUCCACAUUUAAGUCUAUCUUUAAAGACCCACUUCUGCCAUGUGGUGAAUCCAGUUGACUUGUAUACAGGUUUCCUAUUUGUUGUUCUCCACUUCCAGCAGUCUCUGUCUCCUUUGACUGUGAGCAACUCGGGGCAGGAACA